AUGGUGGAAGCUGUGGCGGCCGCCUUCGCGAAGGAGCCACGGCUGAAGGAGGUGGGGCUUGGCUUCCUUGGUGACCACUCGGGCAAGCUCUUCACGAAGAAGCCGAGCUUGAAGGAUGCAAUCUUUGCAGUGGUCAAGGCUACGAAUGGGGCGAGCCGAUUGAGUUGGCCGCACCCGGCGGAUUUGCAAGAGGGCCAGGACUUCCAAGGACCGCAAGCUGAACCCUUUGAGAAAGCGGUGUGCAAGGACAAGGGUGACAAAGAUCAUGACGAUGACGACUCGAAUGAUGGUGUGAGUCGCUUGGCUUCGCAGCUUCAGGGUCUUCGUUUGCUGAGCAAGGACUCGGUUUUCGCUGACCUCGCCACGUGGCUGCCUGAACCUUCGAAAGGGUUCCCCUUAUCCAGCCAGUAUGCAGGGGCCUUCGACGCUGAGGAUGUGGAUGGCAUUCACGAGCCGCCUGAGGAUCAUGAACCCAAGCCCAACAAAGCGGGGAACAAGAAAGCUACGAAGCCGAAGAGCAAGGCAGGUUCCAAAAAAGCGGGGCCCAAGAGCAAGGCAGGUUCCAAAGAAACGGGGCCCGAGAGCAAGGCAGGUUCCGAAGAAACGGGGCCCGAGAGCAAGGCAGGUUUCGAAGAAACGGGGCCCGAGACGGAGGAGCUGGACCCGGACUUAAUCGAUCAGUACGUGCCCAACCUCUAUGGUGAGAAGCGACUAACGUACAUCGCUACACACGCUCCACAGCAUGGCAACAAGGAGGCAGCUAAUAUGUGGAACUCGUCGCUUCAGAAGGCUAGGCUGCUGGCUGGUGUGAGCUUACGGGAGCUUAAGAAAAGGAAGUUCGUUCCCAAAGAAGCCACCGAAAACCCUUUUGUCAAGAUCGUCAAGCAGGCGAAGCUUGCUGCAGUGGGCGGGGCAUGA